AUGGGCAUUGAGCGACAAGCGAUUCCAUCCGAGGUACACAAUGCUUAUGACUUCUUAUCAAAAAAGUGUCAUCCGGAGCAAGGCAGCUAUGAUCCAAACGAGCUGCCGAUCAAAACGCUGUCGCAAUCCGAAUACUGGCAGGCGCUGAACGAAGCGUACGAGGUGCUGUCUGACUCCACGUUGCGUUACAUUUUCGACUUGUAUGGUAUGCAUGGUUUGCAAACCGGUGUUUGUCUGUCAGGAUGGCAAACAUCGGCUUACACUUUCUCCGGGGACUGCAUGAAGAUUUACUCGAACUUUCUUGCGAACAAAGAGUCGCUUUUAUCAAAGACAAUCAUUCCCAAAACUGAACCAAUUGAGACAAUGAACAACUAUGAGCCACCUCACGUUUUGCAUACCGUGAUGGUGACGCUGGAAGAACUGUUCUAUGGUACGAAAAAAAUAGUCCACUACAACCGAAACAUCGUUCAGAACGGUUCCAUCAUCUCGUGCGUUAAGGAUUGGUGUACUGAGGUGAAUAUCCCACCGGGUACGCUUCACGGGACCCAUCUGAUAAAGACCGGCGUGGGUGACAUCGUGGACGACACGGCUAGAGACAGCUUGUUCGUGGUCUUCCAGCUGCCGCAUUUCACUUUUCGUACAUCUGGCCAUGAUUUAAUUAUCUCACGGUCAGUUUCGUUGAAACUGGCACUUCUUGGCGGCCCGUUACCUAUUCAAACCAUUGACGGAAAAACGUUGGUCAUAAUCAUGAAACCGAUAGCGGACAACACCUUAGUGCCCGGCCAGCAGUAUAAUGCUGUGCUGAUUAAAGGUCAAGGCAUGCCAAUCCCCAACACCAACCGUCGCGGAAAUAUGGUCGUUCAAAUUCAGGUCACCGAAAACCUAUUCUUCAGCAUAGAAAGAUAA